CCUCCUCCUCCUCCUCCGUCGUCGGCGUCGUCGUCUCGUCUAUUAAAAAACGCGGCUUGGCUACACUCUUCUCGACGGCGGAGGAGACAUGGGUGGCGGCAACGGCCAGAAGUCCAAGACGGCCAGGGAGAGGAACGCCGAGAAGAACAAGGCUCCCAAGGGGAGCCAGCUUGAGGCCAACAAGAAGGCCAUGAACAUCCAGUGCAAGAUAUGCAUGCAGACUUUCAUCUGCACCACCUCGGAAGCAAAGUGCAAAGAGCACGCGGAGGCGAGGCAUCCCAAGAACGACCUCGGCCAGUGCUUCCCCCACCUGAAGAAAUAGCAGUGCUGGCAUAUGCUCAUCCGAGGAGAAGCAUAUGCUCAAAUCAGAAAGAGAGAAGCUUUCAUAAUCCAGUAGUAUUACCAUGUAUGCGAUGACUGGUUGCCGUAUAUAUGGGUCAGAACUUUGGUUUGCUGCUGUUGCAGCUACUUAGGUUGUGUGCCCCAUCUAAAUAUGCAAUCGCUCUCUGUCAGCCUGUUGUGCAACAACAUUAAUUCUGUGUGGAUUUGUGCUGCCUGUGUUUGGUCA